CUUCCUGAAACUAUGAGUUGUAUUUUUAUAAAAUAAUAUAUGAAUAUUUUAAUUUUUAUCAUUCUAAAUUAACUAAUUAAUUUUGCUUUCACUAUCAUGGACAUGAUAUAUUAAUUGGUGUAUGUUUAAAUAAUUUUAAUCACGGAAUUAAUAAAAGUAAAUAUCUUUCAUUGAUUUGAUAGUUUUUACACUUAUGUAAGCAUUGUUUUUAUUUUUCUCACUGAUAAAGAAAUAAGGUGAUUUGAUGUACUGUGAACUAACUGCUCAGUAAAGUAGAUUUUUUUUAAAGUAAAAAAACUUUUACAAGACAAAACAAAUUGAUUGCUAAAAACCAGGAAGCUUUAUCAUCUGAGAAUGACUGCAGAAAGAAAAAUGGUCAACAACUUGGAACCACAGCCUUGCUGUUCCCAUUUAUCCAAAGAAGAACUAUUUAUAGAGAAUGGAAAAUACAUACUCGAUGAAGUGAACUCUUCAGCUCCAAACAAAUACCUUAAGUCUCAUUCUGUGCCUACUACGCCAUCUGUAUACAGAAAAGAAACUCUAACAUUUUCUGAAGGUUGGCCCUUGACUGAAGAAUCAUCUCCAUCCGCUUACAGUUUUAUUGGAAAAGUGGAUAAUGUAAAACAGUUACUUUCUAAACCAACGGUUAGUAAAUGGAAGAAAUAUAUCAAAUUGGUUUGUCUCAUUAGCUUGUGGUUUUGUAUUACUAUUAUUUUAAUGGCUAAAAGUGAGCGUAGGUCAGAUACAAUUCAUCAGAUUUCGGUGCCCAAAGAGAAAACUCGAACCUUUUGGAUCCUUGAAGUACCAACUAUGAAGAGUAUAGACGUUGAACUUGGAGGAUCUCUUCUUCCGUCUUAUUACGGAAACAUGUCACAGCACUGGUCAUCUUUAUGGAUUGAAGUGGUUCAAACGAAUGACACAACCUCUGAGAAGUCUAUAUCAUUCAAAAAAAAAAUAUCGGAUACUUGGAGUGUACCUAUAGUGUCUGAAAGUCUAAUUGAUUUUGUGCCUGAAGUUAAACGAAGUCAUGUUUUUCAUUUAGAAGCAAUAAAUGCAUCCCUUGUCAAAGACAUGAUCUUAAGGAUAGUCAUAAAAACAAAUAUCAACAGGUCAUUUCCUAUUUCUCUUUCCUAUCAAUUGUCACCGAUUGAUCCAAAAGAUGGAGUGCUCUAUGCUGCGGGGGUCUUACUGGGAUUGUAUAUUUUAAUUAUAUUUGAGAUUGUCCAUCGAACUCUUGCAGCAAUGGUUGCUUCAACAGCUUCUAUUGCUAUCCUUGCGACCUUUGAUGCCAGACCGUCCUUAGGAGAGAUGGUGACCUGGGUCGAUGUUGAAACACUGCUUUUACUCUUUUCAAUGAUGCUUCUUGUCACAGUGUUUUCUGAAACUGGCGUUUUUGAUUAUUUAGCAGUUUUGGCGUGCAAGAUAACAAAUGGAAAAGUUUGGCCUUUGAUAAAUACCCUUUGUGCUUUUACAGCAUUAUUAUCAUCAUUCUUGGAUAAUGUCACUACUGCUUUAUUUAUGACACCAAUAACUAUAAGGCUAUGCGAGGUUAUCGAACUGAAUCCUGUUCCGAUCCUGAUAGCUGUGGUAAUGUACUCAAAUAUUGGUGGUGCGCUUACACCAAUUGGUGAUCCUCCAAAUGUCAUUAUAGCUACUAAUAAAGAUGUGAAAGAGGCUGGUGUAAAUUUCAGUGUGUUUAUAUUUCAUAUGGGGAUCGGCUUGUUUUUAGUUAUGGUGUAUGUCCAUUUUCAUUUGAGAUACGCAUUCAGAAACUUGAAACGCAGAAGCCAUGAAGAUCCGACAAGAUUUGAAGAACUGAAACAUGAAAUAGAGAUUUGGCAACGGACUGCUGCAUCUCUCUCAUCUUACACGAAGGACGAAUUCUAUGUGAAAGAGACUAUUUUUAAAAAAGUCAGAAAGCUAAUAGGCGAUCUUAAAAGAAAAAUAUCUGAUGAUACUGAAUCUGUCAACAAUUAUGAAGACAAGUUACAAGAAUUAGAAAAAAAGUUCCCAAUAAGAAACAUGCCUCUUCUCAUAAAAUCGACUAUAACUCUGGUCUUCAUGUUGGUGCUGUUCUUCCUCCACUCCGUUCCCGACCUUAACCUCAGCCUCGGAUGGACGGCGCUCCUCGGGGUUAUGCUACUUCUUCUACUUGCUGACCUCCAUGAUCUUGAAAGUUUACUCGCCAGAGUUGAGUGGAGUACUCUAAUAUUCUUUGCAGCUCUUUUUAUUUUGAUGGAAGCUUUGUCAAGGCUGGGCCUAAUAGAUUUUAUUGGGCGACAAACAGAACUGGUUAUUCUUAGCGUCGGCGAGAAAUAUCGCUUAACUGUUGCUAUCGUGCUGAUAUUAUGGGUGUCUGCCCUCGCCUCAUCGUUCGUCGACAACAUACCUUUAACAACGAUGAUGGUACGGAUCGUGACGUCUCUAAGCCAAAAUGUAGAGCUUCAGCUCCCUCUUCAACCUUUGGUCUGGGCGCUGGCAUUGGGAGCAUGCUUAGGAGGAAAUGGAACUCUUAUUGGAGCAUCUGCCAAUGUCGUCUGUGCUGGUGUCGCUGAGCAACACGGCUAUAGAUUUUCUUUUUUGCAAUUUCUUAAAAUCGGAUUUCCUGCAAUGCUUGGAAGUGUUACAAUUACCAUGGCCUAUCUCCUUGUAGCCCAUGUCGCUAUCGGAUGGAAUACUUGAUUAACAAGUACCAUUACAUGUAUUUUAUGUACAUAUUACCAAAUGUAUCUUAAACAAAUUAAUUUUAAUUAUUUAAUAUGCGAUAUUUAAUUUAAAUAAGUUUUUGUAAUUAUUAUUUUUAAAUUGUACACUUUAGUAUUUGUUGUUUGAAAUGUUAAAUCCAUGUUUAACUGAAAUUGUAUUAAAAUACAGUUAUUUUUCUAAUGUUGUUUUAAUUUCAUGAAAUGAACAAAUAUU